AUGGCUAAGGGAAAAGGCAGUGCAACGCAAGCAAGUCUGGCCAUUGGCCUUGUGAUGCUCGCUCUUCUGCUUCUUAACGGCAAGCUCGUCAAGUCGGAGCCAUUCAUUGUCGGUGACGGCCAAGGUUGGGAUUUCGACGUCAACAACUGGCCCAACGGCAAGACCUUCCACUCCGGCAACAUCCUCGAAUUCAAGUACCAAAAGGGGAAUCACACUGUGGUGAAGGUGGACGCAAAUGGCUAUGCCAACUGCAAAACGGAUAAUGGUUUAACUUUCGACAGUGGUGAUGACCAUAUCAAGCUCGUAAGAGGCACUCACUACUUCAUAUGCGGCAUCGCCGAUCACUGUAAAGUUAGGAAUAUGAAGAUUAGAAUCAUUGCACAGUUGUGUAGCAUGCAAGCUGCUUUUGGUGUUAUUGAAUAA